AGUCGCAUCACCAUCGUCCAACGCGAUCAUGUUGACCGAAAUCCUGUUGCUGAUCAGUGCGCUGGUCUUUCUUUAUUUGUCAUAUCAAUAUGCAGUCGGUCGUCCUGUCGGCUUUCCGCCGGGUCCGCCGCGCAUUCCCGUCUUUGGCAGCUACCUAUUUCUGAUGCUGGUGAAUCACAAAUAUUUGCACAAGGCUGCGCUGGCCAUCAGCAAAUGGUAUAAAUCUGAUAUAAUUGGCUUCCAUGUGGGUAAGUAUCCUGUAGUUGUGGUCCACAACGGAGCAGGUGUGCGCGAAGUUCUGAAUAAUCAGGUGUACGAUGGACGACCGGCAUUGUAUAUUGCGGCCAUGCGCGACCCCGGGGAUGAUGUGCGCGGCAUUUUCUUCCAGGAGGGCUUACUGUGGAAGGAGCAACGUCGCUUCAUACUUCGGUAUCUGCGCGACUUUGGCUUCGGUCGACGCUUUGACGAACUGGAACUUGUGAUACAAGAGGAGAUCACCGACAUGUUGGACAUCAUACGGAAUGGACCGCGUUAUGAACACGAGCAUCAGCUUGUCAAACCUGGCGGGUAUCGUGUCCAACUGCCAUUGCUCUUUAACCCCUUCUCGGCCAACAGCCACUUCCACAUAGUGUACAAUGAACGCCACUCGCGAGCCGAUAUGGCGCGUCUGAUCAAAUUGGUGCAGCUGGGAACACAGUUCCAGCGUACGGCCGAUGAUUACGGAAAGCUGCUGAGCAUUAUACCUUGGAUCCGGCACAUUUUUCCCAACUGGAGCGGCUAUAAUAAGCUAAACGAAUCCAAUCAGUAUGUUCACGAGUUCUUUUCCAGUUUCGUGGAUCGUUAUAUUGAGACAUAUGACGAGUGUAGCGAGCGCAACUUUCUAGAUCUGUACAUAGCCGAAAUGAGGAAGAAUGUGGGAGCCAACACCAGUUUCAAUCGAGCACAGUUCAUAAUGGGCCUCGUGGACUUCUCCUUUCCUGCCUUUACGGCUGUGGGCGUACAACUGUCGCUGCUGGUGCAGUAUCUAAUACUCUACCCGGAGGUGAUGAAGCGCAUACAGAAUGAAAUUGAUGAGGUGGUGGGGAGUGGGCGUCUGCCCACGCUGGAGGAUCGCCAAAGCAUGCCCUACACAGAGGCCACCAUUCGCGAAUGUCUACGCAUUGAGACCCUCGUGCCGUCUGAUGUGCCGCACAAGGCGCUGGCAGAUACCGAGCUGCUGGGCUACCGCAUACCUAAGGACACCAUCGUAAUACCCAGCCUAUAUGCGUAUCACUCGGAUGAACGCAUCUGGUCGGAUCCCCAGCAGUUCCGACCCGAGCGUUUCCUGGACGAAGAAGGCCAACUGUGCCUAAAAUUGGACGUUUCGUUUCCUUUUGGGGCCGGCAAGCGACUCUGUGCCGGCGAAACCUUUGCCCGCAACAUGCUCUUCCUCAUUACAUCGGCCAUGUGCCAGAACUUCAACUAUGUGCUGGCGCCCGGUGACAAAUUGCCCGAUCUCACUAAAAACUUAUCCGGCCUGAUCAUAUCACCACCAGAUUUUUGGGUGCAGCUGGAGGAGCGUAAGCUGUAGGAGCGAUUGAAACUAUUUAGCAGUGUUGUACUAGAUUUUAAGGCAUAAAUCGAAUGAUCGGUUAAAUAAAGAACAUAAUAGUUAUAGAAAACUCUAAA